AUGGUGAAAUACUUCUCCGUGGACUGGCUGGCCCAGAGCCAUCAUCUCCACAUGGCCGAGGACCAUGGAGCUGGGACCGGCUCCGGCCCGACCUGCAGGCCCCACGUGCCCUGCAUGGUGCAGCCACGUCCUCCGACCUUUGGCAAGGGUUACCUGCAGCCAAAGCCCAAAGCAGCCAGGCCAGUGGACUCCAGCCUGGCCUCACCUUUCCACCCAGCCAACUGUGCCUCACCAAUUUCAGAAAUGAGUGGUUAUUCCUCCGGGUACGAAAGCGAGGCGGCCUCCUCUGAGGGUCUCUCCGGUCUCUCCGUGGAUGAGGGUCUCUCCGUGGAGAAGGACUCUCCUCUGCGUCGCGUCCGCACAAAGUUCAGCCUGGACCAGAUCAGCAGACUGGAAAAGAUCUUCAACAAGCACAAAUACCUGGACGCCGGAGAGAGAGUGAAGACGGCGCAGAAGCUGGACCUCACAGAGACUCAGGUGAGGACCUGGUUCCAGAACAGGAGGAUGAAGCUGAAGCGAGAGUUUCAAGACUACCUCGCUCCCCAAAUCCCACCGGUGCUGUUCCAGCCUCUGGUCCACCAGUACCACAGUGUGACCGGACAGCGAGCCCACUAUCCCGCCACCAGCCCGGCCUUUUACCCGCUCCCCGUCCCGCAGCUGGUCCUCCAGCAGCAGCAGAUGCAUAGCUGCGGUUAUACUUCGGGCUCUGAGAGCGAGGUGGGGGAGGACAGCGACGGGGAAGCCGCCCAGCAAGGAAGGAUGAGGACCAAGUUCUCCUCCGACCAAAUCAGCAAGCUGGAGAAUGCAUUCGGCAGACACAAAUACCUGGGUGCCAUGCAGAGGAGGAAGAUUGCUGAGAAGCUGAGACUCUCCGAAACUCAGGUGAAAACGUGGUUUCAAAACAGGAGGAUGAAGCUGAAGCGGGAGGUCCAGGACCUGCGCCCUGAGUUCCUGUCCGUCCCGGUCUCUCUGUGGCCGCCUCUGCUGUAUCAGCUCCCCUCCCUGAGUGGACAGCUCCCCAGCGGCUUCUACCCGCAGCUGCAGCCGCUCCACAGGUCGACCCUGCCCGCCGCUCCUCCGCACCAGCACCGCUCCCACCAUGUCCUCAUGCCUCCACACUUCUACUGA